AUGCGCCUGGCGCCGCGACGGAGGCGCUUCGUCGAUACAGAACCUACAUCAGUCUGCGCAGACGACAUCGCAGACAUCGAGCCCUCUCACGCCGAGCUCGUCCGCACCUCGAUGUGGACCAUGCCUCUCUUGCCUGAACAGGCAGAUCAACGCAUGCUCCAACAGCACACCCUUGUCUCGAAACAUUUCAACUACGCGAUGACAUUCACUCGCAGGGUGACGACGACUUGUGGCGCGACACAGUUGGCUCGAGAGCAAGGGUACGAAAGUUAUGGAACAGACAAGGUAUGCUGCACUCAGAGCGCUCGCGCGCAAGCUACUUGCUUCAUGACGGCGUCAGCCUCUUAUCCACGAACGACGUUUCUUCUCUCGGGUUCAUUGGUGUCGGCGUCGCCGCGCGAGUGCGGCGCGGAUGCCGUCGGUGGAUGGGACUCGCAGCCAGUGAUGGCAGAUACGAUUAUCCGCGAGCCAGACGGCGGCAGCACCAGAGGAUGUGGAGCGGGGUCUUGA